UGGAAGCUGCUCAGACGAGUUUCCAUUGUGGGCGGGGCCGGGCUGCGCGGACCCGGAAGUGUCUCCCGGGUCUCUGGUCGGACAGCGGGUCGUGUGUCAGCGCGAUGAGUGACGCGGUCCCGGUGGUCCUGAUGGACCUGGUCCACGGCUGCGGUCCGGGCUGCACCGGCGCGCCUCCACCGGGGGACCCGGCUCGCGUCUUCUUGCUGUGCGGGGACUGUUCUCGGGACGACCUGCGUGGCGGGAGCGUGCACGUGCUGGACUCUGUGUCCACGGCGCACUGUUUGCUCUGGUUCACGCGGACCCUGGACCGGAUAGACGUGAGCUCGGUCUGUGUCUUCACCACCCCGCGGGGGCGGGAGCGGCUGUCUCUCUAUGUGCGGCGGCUCUUCACAGCCGUGUACACCUUUGAUUACCGCGUGCGCGCGCUUAUCUGUGCGAGCUGCGCACGUCCCGCCCACUCGCACCCACCUGGUGAAGCGGUCAGCGUGGAAGAAGAGGUGACGGCGCUCGCGCAGGCGCUCCCCGCACUGGGGGGAGGAGUCCGGGUUCUGACGUCAUCCCUGAUCCCACAAUGUUUCGGUCACGGCUUCAGCACUCGGACCGGCGGCGUGUCGCUCAUCCCGACCCUCUCCUCCCUCAACCUGUUCAGCAGCAGCAGGAGGAGGGACGCCGAGGCCGUGGUGCAGGAGAACCGCCGCAGACUGGCUGUCCACGCCGGCUUCCACCCGCUCUCUCUGCGUCUGGUCAAGGUGGAGCAUGGCAGCCGUGUGUGGGUCGUGGGCCGGGCUGAGCCGGGGAGCUAUGACGCCAUGGUAACAGACCGCGCCGGCGUGGUGCUAGCGGCGCCGGGAGCAGACUGCAUGCCGAUCCUGUUCGCCGAUCCCAGGUCAAAGGUCAUCGGAGCCGCUCACGCAGGCUGGAAGGGAACGCUGAUGGGUGUAGCCAUGGCGACGGUGGAGGCUAUGGUGACGGAGUUCGGUUGCCGGGUGAGCGACAUCAUGGUUGCCAUGGGACCGUCGGUGGGAGCCUGUUGCUUCACGCUGGACAGACAGCAGGCGCAGGACUUCCUCCGGAUCGACCGGGGCUGUGUCCCUGAUCCAGAGUCAGCCCGACCCCACGUAGACCUCCGCCUGGCCAACAGAGUCCUUCUGCAGAGAGGAGGCGUCCUCUCUGGACACAUCCAUGACCACAAGGAGAUGCAACGCUGCACCUCCUGCCACCCUGAAGACUUCUUCUCACACGUCAGGGACGGACUAAACUUCGGCACCCAGGUGGGCUUCCUGUGGAUCAGGGGGACGGACUGACAGCUGGACACAUCUGGAGACACUUAGACAUCUGCUGAUUCUACUGUACUACUUUUAAGGUAAAGGAGCUCAGAUAAACUGUUACUGUUUUUAUUUUCCCGUUGUGGCAUUAGUACCACAGUGGACGGGUACCUGUGAAAAGAUAUUUCAGUGUUCUGAGUAAUUCUCCCUCCAUUGCUGUUCCAUUACAACCGAUUCAGUCAUAUCAAACAUGUGACAUGUUGAAUAUGAUUUUAUUUGAAGGACUUUACAAGUGAAACAACUUCAACCAUUUUCAUGUUGUAUUAGCUUUCUUUUCUAUUACAAUCCAUAAAAGGCUCCAAAAUAAAACCAAACUCCUCCAUCAGGAUCUAAUAAUUAAACUAAAUUCUGUGUGUUAAAUAAA